GCCGAUUCCGCGCCUCCAAACAGGCUUAGCGCUCCAUUGAAAUGCAGGAGGCUCCUUAAUUCUUGUAUAAACAGAAACCAGCUGUAACACUAGGUCAGAGCGCAUUAAGAAUGAGCCACUUUGAACGAGCGGCGCCCAGGCCCCAGGCCCUGCUGUGAAGGCCCCGGCAAAGGUCAGGGCUUUGGGCCCCGUGACGAGCCUGUCAGGGCUCUCUCUGAGACAUGCUCGGCCUCAGCUAAGGUAUCCGCGCUCCUAAAACAACAGGAAUGUUGCACUGGCCUUCGGCCAGCGGAGGCUCAGCGAGCAGGAUAAAAUUUCAGUGCAGAUUUACGGGAAGUUGCCGGUGUUGGGAGUAAAAAUCUGGUUUGGUAUUGAACCUAGGACCUGAUGCAUGUCAAGUGCUCUGUUGCUGAGCUGUGUUCCUCAGAGCCCAGGUAACCAAGACAUUAGAAGAACGGUUUGCUCCCUGCCACCCAGCCUCACUCGACAUUCCCCAGCUCACUGACGCUCGGGUUUGCCUCAAAGGACACUUCAAGAACUGAACAGAGGAAUCCCAAACCCAAGUGAGCUGCCUGAAUCUGCCCACGUUCUCUUCUUCUGCCUUCCAUAUAAAGAACCGGGACCCAUCGAAUUGGUGACCUUUGAUUUCCAGCAGCUGUGGAUGCCUUUGACAUUAUGACCGCAGAAGAUUCCACCACAACCAUGAACAGCGAUCCAACCGUGGGGUCCUCCUCCAAGGUGCCGGAGGGCGUGGCAGGCGCGCCCAACGAGGCUGCGCUGUUGGCGCUGAUGGAGCGCACCGGCUACAGCAUGGUGCAGGAGAAUGGGCAGCGCAAGUACGGGGGACCCCCGCCCGGCUGGGAGGGCCCGCAUCCCCAGCGCGGCUGUGAGGUCUUCGUGGGCAAGAUCCCACGGGACGUGUACGAAGAUGAGCUGGUGCCUGUGUUUGAGACGGUAGGCCGCAUCUACGAGCUGCGCCUCAUGAUGGAUUUCGAUGGGAAGAACCGGGGCUAUGCCUUCGUCAUGUACUGCCACAAGCACGAGGCCAAGCGAGCUGUUCGCGAGCUCAACAACUAUGAGAUCCGCCCGGGCCGCCUGCUGGGCGUGUGCUGCAGCGUGGACAACUGCCGCCUCUUCAUCGGUGGCAUCCCCAAGAUGAAGAAACGCGGGGAGAUCUUGGAGGAGAUCGCCAAGGUCACCGAGGGCGUGCUCAACGUGAUCGUGUAUGCCAGCGCGGCAGACAAGAUGAAAAACCGAGGCUUCGCCUUCGUGGAGUAUGAGAGCCAUCGCGCCGCUGCCAUGGCGCGUCGCAAGCUCAUGCCGGGUCGCAUCCAGCUGUGGGGUCACCAGAUCGCCGUGGACUGGGCCGAGCCGGAGAUCGACGUGGACGAGGACGUGAUGCAGACGGUGAAGAUACUCUACGUGCGCAACCUCAUGAUCGAUACCACCGAGGAGACCAUCAAGAGGAGCUUCGGCCAGUUCAACCCAGGCUGCGUGGAGAGGGUCAAGAAGAUCCGAGACUACGCCUUCGUGCACUUCACCAGCCGCGAGGAUGCCGUGCACGCCAUGAACAACCUCAACGGCACGGAGCUGGAGGGCUCCUGCUUGGAGGUCACCCUGGCCAAGCCUGUGGACAAGGAGCAGUACUCCCGCUACCAGAAGGCAGCCAAGGGCGGUGGUGGCUCGGCCGAGGUGGUUGCCCAGCAGCCCAGCUAUGUGUACUCCUGUGACCCCUACACGUUGGCCUACUAUGGCUACCCCUACAAUGCGCUCAUCGGGCCCAACAGAGACUACUUCGUAAAAAGCAGCGUAAGAGGCCGAGGGCGAGGUGCAGCUGGAAACAGAGCCCCGGGGCCCAGGGGUUCUUACCUCGGAGGAUAUUCUGCUGGCCGUGGUAUAUAUAGCCGAUAUCAUGAAGGCAAAGGCAAACAGCAAGAAAAAGGAUAUGAACUUGUGCCGAAUUUGGAAAUCUCUGCUGUCAAUCCAGUUGCCAUUAAACCUGGCACAGUGGCCAUCCCUGCCAUCGGUGCCCAGUACUCCAUGUUCCAGGCAGCCCCAGCCCCUAAGAUAAUUGAAGAUGGCAAGAUCCACACAGUGGAACACAUGAUCAGCCCCAUUGCCGUGCAGCCCGACCCCGCCACUGCCGCCGCCGCUGCUGCCGCCGCCGCCGCCGCCGCUGCUGUCAUUCCCUCGGUAUCCACACCGCCACCUUUCCAGGGCCGUCCAAUAACUCCUGUGUACACCGUGGCACCGAAUGUUCCGAGAAUCCCCGCGGCUGGCAUCUACGGGGCCAGCUACGUGCCCUUCGCUGCUCCAGCCACCGCCACCAUCGCCACACUACAGAAGAACGCUGCAGCCGCCGUGUACGGGGGCUACGCCGGCUACAUACCUCAGGCCUUCCCUGCUGCUCUCCAGGUGCCCAUCCACGACGUCUACCAGACUUACUGAGACCCAGGGACCGGAGCCAAGGCAAGCCACCAAACACCGCUGAAGGAACACUUUAUUAUUUAUGAAGAAAGUAACGUGUCAGAUUGGCACACGUGGGAAACCUGCAAGUGAAGAAUGUUAUCGAGUAUCACACUGAAAUAUUUUCUAUCAAAUGAAGUUUUCACGCGGUUUUGUUUUUUAAGACUUCUCAACUUAGCAGGCCCGCGUUCAUACAUUUCCAAGAGACUUUUGAUGCCUCACGUCUUAACACCAUCUUUUAAAAUUUGUACGCUCUACUGCAUUUGUACAGAGGUUUGGUUUUGUUUUUUUAAGGAUAUAUUUUCAGUAUGAAGGUUAUUUUCUUAACUUCUGCACUCCAGAGUUUUCUAUUUUGUAGGACCUUUCAAAAAUAUAUCAGCUAUAUAUAUAUAAAUAUAUAUAUCAAAAAAAAGCAUACCCUCGCAUCUAGGGAACUAUUUUGAAAACUAUAUUCAAUAUUUAAAGACACAAACUGUAGUGCUACAUAAAAUAUUAUUUUAUUUUCAAGGUGAUGCUGGAAAGUGCAAUUUUAAAAUGAGCAAGAGUCUCUGCUGUAUUUUCACUGGCAUUAAGGGUUGAUAUUGCCAUGUAUCUUCAUGUUUUCUGGUUUGGGGGUGGGGGGUCAGUUUGCUUUGGUUUGUUUUUUAUUAACAGUCUGUUCUUAAGCCAACAUGGAAGAGACUCAUCACACCCAGAGUCCCAACACUGGACAGCUCUCACCUGCCCUCAUUACCUUGGUCUUUAUUGUUAACUAUGUCCCGCCCCCCUUUCCCUAUCUCCAGUCAAGUUUGGCACAUAUCAGAAAAAUGGAUAAUUCUGAUAGAGAAGACAGCUGAUGCCUUUUAUACUUCUUCCUGGGAUUGUGUUAUGGUCUUUUUAUUUUGUUUUAUUUUGGUUUGUUGGGGGAGGUGUUGCCUUCUAUAUGUGUUUUCGGUAUCAGAGUACCCAUAAGGACCAGAUUUUAACAUGUUUGCCAACCACAUCUUUGCAUAGCUAUUUAAUUGUUCAGUAUGAAACUUUACCUUCCUAGUGCUUUGAUUUUUUUUUUUUUUUUUUUUUUGAAGUCCAAGUUUUUAGAGACAAAGAAUGUAUGUGAUUAUGGAGAAGACCUUCAAGACUUGUCAACAGGGAGUUAAGCUUCUAGCUGCCUUCUUGGGUUCCCUGCAAAAUGGCUGCUGUCAUCAGGGGUGUGGAAGCACCAUGUUUGUUGAUCAGGGUUUCCCCGGGUGGCUCUGCAUUUGAUAGGUGAACGUGGGGUGCACGCAUCCAGGAGGGGACCUGUAGGAGCUCAAGGGGAGUUUGUAAAUAACUUCUGACACUUGCUUGUAGUCCUUUUGUGUUGCCAGAGUUCACAGCCUGCCUGUAGUGUAAUGUGAAAUGCAGCCAUUUUAUUUCGAUGUUAUUAAAAGUGUCUGGGGUUUUGUUUUGGUUUUGGUUUUUUUUUUUUUUUUUUUUUUUUUUUUUUUUUUUUUUUUUUUUUUUUGGCAGUAAAUACACAGAUGCAGUGUUUUGUGCCCAUUUAAAGGCUUUUCUUUGGCAGAGUGAAUGUAGAAUACAGUAAAAGGCUAAUAUCGUCAUUUGUUUUAUGAAUUACGUCAACCUGCAUCUUUUUAAAAGGCUCGAUCAAGAAUGUGAGGAGGGCAACAAGGUAACAGAUACACAGUUGUAUUUUAUGUUGUAGCAGAGCCCAUCAAAAUCUUUCUUCCCACCAGAGUUUUGCUAUCAGGAUUAACUCCUUUGGUUUUUCAAGACAGGGUUUCUCUGUGUAGCCCUGGCUAUCCUGGACUCGGCUUGUAGACCAGGCUGACCUCAAACUCACAGAUAUCCGCCUGCCGCUGCCUCCUUGAGCGCUGGCAUCACAGGCAUGCGCCACCUCGCCUAGCUCAGGCGUAACUCUUAUUUGAGGAUUAAUAUUAGGACCAUGCCCUUCACAAAUGCUCUUAGAUAGUUGUUUAAUUUUUUUCCUCUUUUCUUUAAAUUAAGAGAUCCCCAACUGUCUUUUUUUUUUUCUUUAUCUUGAUGGGAUGGAUUUUUAUAUAUAAGAAAUAUUUAUAAUUAUUUAACUGUUCUAUGAAAUCGUGCCUGCUAAGGCCUCUAGGCCUUCCUCUCCAUCCUUGUUGAAUGGCACGAAGCAGCUGUGUGGUGUCUGAGGAGCCACCUAGGAAGUCGCACCCACACAGGCACGUUGGGAUGAGCGGCCCCAUAAAAGGCAACUUGUAUCAGGUCCCUUGAACUUGCGUGAAAGAAAAAGUGCUUCUUUGCCCGCCAAGGACUGACCCAGAGGUCCUUAGAUGAAACACUGACCCCACGUCCUUACUGUAUUUUACAAGUGCCUAGAAAAUAUUUGCAAAGGUAAUCAUCAUCAUCAAAUAAUAAUAAUAAAGGAAAAAAUGCACUAACUUAACAUGGCAACUACCUUAAAAACAAGUGUUGGUGGCAGCUGGGAAAGGUCAGCGGUCCUGCCGUCUGUGGUCUUGCCUGCUCUUCUUGUUUCACAACCAUUUCAUGUACACUACUGAGGUAAGUUUAUAACUUGAAAUGUGAACUUUUUUUUUUUUUUUUAGGGUUAAGAACAAACUAAUAUAAAAGUUUUUAAAAGUUUUAGAGUCUGGGUUUUAGACAUGCUACUAGUUUAGUUUUUAGCUUUGUAUUUGAAAAGCUUUUUAGAUCUCGCUGCAUUUACAGUACAUUCUUAAGAUGUAUGUGGUAAAUAAAGCUUUCUUUAAAGCAA